UCACGGAAGAGAUUCGGCAGCGGUUCGAGUCUGACAAGUUUUUUUUUUCUUUUGAGGUAGGAAAGAAAAGGGAAAGGAAAAAAAAGAGAGGUUUAACUGCAGCUACUGCGAACUGUCAACCCGCGCUGUCCCCAUUUUAGGAGUGAAAGCAAAGAUGGAGGCAGCAAUUACAACCGUGGUGAGCGUGUUCCUGAAGUCAUCCAAGGGCAAGGAAAACCUCGGCGGGAAGGAGUUCCAGAGCCUCGUGAAGAGCCAGCUGAAAAACAUUCUGACGGGCUCCGAGGACAAUGAGGCAGUAAAAAACAUGCGUCAACAGCUUGACAACAAUCAGGAUGGGAAGGUCAGCUUCCAGGAGUAUAUGAAUCUGAUUGGCUAUCUUGCACAGGCUGUCAGCGAACAGCGUUCUUUGGAAAAUGAAACACAACCGGAGAGUUCAACCCAGGAGACGCAGGCCGAAGCGGCAGCCAAUGCACAGGCAGAGCCGCCGAAGGCAGAGCCGCUGAAAGCAGAGCCGCCGAAGGCAGAGCCGCCGAAAGCAGAGCCGCCGAAGGCAGAGCCGCCGAAGGCAGAGCCACAGGCGGCAAAAGAGGUGGAGAAAGAAGACAAGCCAGUGACCGAGGAGGCAGCGGCCGAAGAGCACAAGCCAGAGGAAGAGAAAAAAACAGAUGUGGAACAGGAAGGGGUGAAGGUUGAAGAGAAGAAUAAAACAGAGGAAGCGUCGUAGGAGCUCGAGGAAGUGGAGAUUGUCGCAUCUCAAAUGCUUCUUUGUUUGUUUUGUUUUGUCACUUUCAUUAUUGUGAUAUUUUAAUACAUAUAUAUGACACCUGGCCAAUACACCACAAUUUUCUUUUUUACCGCAAAGAGCCGUAGCCCUCUCGUUACAGUUUUUUUUUACAAUGGCUAGGAAAUGUUUCUCAAUGCCUUUCAAAACUCUUCACAUUGUACUCCUUAGCAACAUUCAGCUUUGCACAGCAGUACAUUUCACAUCCAAAAUGCACUAAUAACAGCAAAACACUUCAUGUCAUAACUCUAGUUAGGUUUGUCACCCAAUAAACACCAUUUAUAAUGAAACCACGAUUAUAACACCAGAUUAAAACUGCCUCAAAACUGUUGGAAAAGUGGCAUGUAAAAUGUACCAUUACCUAGGGUUUAAACCAUUACCAUGGUUUAAAAUGACAUUAACCAGGUUAAUAGCAGUGUGAAAAGAACUUUUGUCUAUCAUAAAAGACCAAGAGAUGUAGCAUGUAAGUUUUCUCAUCUAAAAUCAAUUUUACAAACAAGAACGAUGCCUCUGCUGUUUAGAUUUCACUGCAGUAGGCUACAUGUUACGUGGCUCACGUUUACAUUUGAUUACAGUAUAAAAUGAUGACCUACUUUUUGUAGAUGAAUGAAAGACUAACGCCUGUUCAGAUAUUUAACUACUUUAAAGUUUUUGAUAGUAUCUAAUUUUGUACAUUUUGGAACAUAUUUAAUUCUGUAGAAGUGUAGCAAAUUGACGUCUUUCUAUUUUGUAUUAUGUUAAGUUUUGAACGCGUUUAAAAAUGUGCCGGCAUUAAAUGCAUUUUGUGCCAAAGCAGCGGAAAAUGAUCCUGCAGUUUAGUCCAUAUAGACUGCUAAUUACAAUGUGAAGAGUUUUUAAAAAGUGACCUAUUGAGAAAUGUCAACAGGUCCUAGCAAUUGUAAAAAAAAAAAAAAAAAAAAAACUGUAAUACUAAUUUCUCUUUGUAUGCACAUCAGUUCAUGCCUGUGAUUUAUUAUGUACUAAUAUUUUAUAAUAGAAAUUGGCAAUAGCCGCAAAUGUGACAAAUGGCCAAAGAGGUGCAAUAACUAAUCACUACGUCCUUUCGUUUGAGCCAGAUUUGUUGUAAGGGUACUGCAACCACUGUGUCCCCUCCAAUAUCUUUACAAAUCAUCCACGAAUGAAGAACAGACACGGUUUUUAUAGCAUAAAUGUUGAAAAAGACGCAUCAUUUUUAAGUGUCCAUUAUGUUUACUUUUUGUUUGUGCCACCUUCUAAGGACAGGGUUACUUAGUCGACUCCGGUGCUAGUCGUAAAUGUACUAUGUAUUUUCCAGUGUUGCAGAAGCACAUAAAGAGCAAGCUUUCACCUCUCUUUUGUUUGAUGAAAUGUCAUUCUGCCGGAAUUUAACCAUACUGCAUCACCAUUUAAAUGUGGGACUUGCAUUUGUGGCGCACAUGGGAACACUAUGCAGUCCACGUACUUUGUUGUUCACAUUUCUGGGCCUCGUUUGCAUGAGAAUAAACAAAUUUGCUUUUGAA